CAUCAGCACGAUGGCAACGUCUGAAGGUCGUGAGGUGGUGGCCAUCCUCGAUGCCGGCGCCCAGUACGGCAAGUUGAUUGACCGUUGCGUCCGCGAGCUCAAGGUCGAGACUGACCUGCUCCCACUCAGCGUCUCGGCCGACGAAGUGCGCGCCGGCAACUACAAAGCUGUCAUCAUCUCUGGCGGCCCCAACAGCGUCUACGCCAGCGAUGCACCGCCAUUUGACAGCGCCAUCUUUGAGCUGGGCCUCCCUGUCCUGGGCAUUUGCUACGGCUUCCAGCUGAUCAACAAGACUUUUGGCGGUAGCGUGCAUGCCAAGGAACAUCGUCAAGAUGGCCAGCAGCACGUGUGGCUGGACACCACUUGUGCUCUCUUCAAGGGCCUUUCCGAACAAGAGCUCGUCCUGCUCACGCAUGGUGACUCGAUUGACUCCCCGGCCAAUGGCUUUAGCAUUGUCUCCCGCGCUGGCAGCAUCAUUGCCGGUCUGGCCCACCCCGAGCGCCCCAUCUUUGCUGUUCAGUUUCACCCCGAGGUCGAACUCUCCGUGCAUGGCCGCGACAUGUUCCGCAACUUUCUCUUUGGCGUGGCUGGCUGCUCUGGCUUGUACACCAUGGUGGAUCGCGAGCUGGGUGCCAUCCAGGAGAUUCAGGACACGUUGGGUGACAAAAAGGCCCUCGUGCUCGUGUCUGGUGGUGUGGACAGCUCUGUCUGUGCCGCUCUCCUGAACAAGGCCGUUGGUCAUGAGCGUGUGGUCGCGUUGCACAUCGACAACGGCUUUAUGCGCCUCGAUGAAAGCGUCAAGGUCAAAGUCAGCCUCGAGCGACUGGGCCUGCCUUUGCACGUGAUUGAUGCCUCGGAGGACUUUUACAAUGCCACCACCGAGAUUAAGCGCAAGGACGGCACCACAUACACCACCAAGCGCCUCAAGGAAACCACUGCACCCGAGGAAAAGCGCAAGAUUAUCGGCGAUACCUUCAUGCGCGUGGCGGAAAAGGUUGUCUCUUCGUUCAACCUCAAGCCAGAGGACGUCUUUUUGGCUCAGGGCACGCUCCGUCCUGACCUGAUUGAAAGCGCUUCCAAGCUGGCCAGCUCCAAUGCCGAUGCCAUCAAGACGCACCACAACGACACUGAGCUGGUUCGUCUCCUCCGGGAGCAGGGCCGCGUGCUCGAACCGCUCAAGGACUAUCACAAGGAUGAGGUGCGCGAGCUGGGCCGUCAGCUGGGUCUGGCCACCGACCUCGUCAUGCGACAACCCUUCCCUGGUCCCGGACUCGCAAUUCGCGUGCUCUGCACAGAGGAGCCUUACAUCACGGAUGACUUUGACAGCACGAACAUGCUGCUCCAAGCCUUGGUGGGCCAGACUGUGGAAGACCCCAAAAUUGUUCAGAAGGCCGCCAAUGCCAUCUCCGGCCUAGGCGAUAUUGGUGCUCCGUUGCUGCACCUUAGCGGCUAUCAUGCCACGCUGCUGCCCAUCCGCUCCGUGGGUGUGCAGGGUGACGGGCGUACCUACAGCUACGUUGCGGCUCUCACGUGUGAGGCCGACGAGCCGGAUUGGAGCAUCCUAUUCCUCCUGGCGCGCGUGAUUCCCCGCGUCUGCCACUCUGUCAACCGCAUCGUCUACGCCUGGGGUGCUCCAAUCCUGGGCCCGGUGCGUCAAAUCACCACCACCCACCUCACGCCUCCUGUGUUGCAGCAACUGAAAGAGGCGGACGACGUUGUCAACCGCCUGCUCUUGGAGAACAACCUGAUUCAGACUAUUAGCCAAGUGCCCGUCGUACUGGCGCCCGUCGACCCCGACGCAUCUCUUGACAUGCCCAGCACUCGCCGUAGCGUGGCUAUCCGUACCUUUAUCACCUCGGACUUUAUGACCGGCCGCCCCGUCGUUCCGGGCGAGGAGCUUCCGUUGGCCGUGCUGCGCAGCAUGGUCUCGCAAAUUCAGAAGAUCGAGGGUGUGAGCCGCGUCAUGUACGACCUCACCGCCAAGCCGCCGGGCACCACCGAGUGGGAAUAGGCGCUGUGGCUGUGCGAUUUCUUUCCUGCUCCCCCUCUUGUUCUUUUCGUGCCUCGUCGUGUCUCUCGUUCGCCCGUUGUGUUGGCUUGAGUCAAUGAAGAUGUCCCUGUUCUAAUUGCACCUCGUGCACGUGCACACGGCUCGAUGCCUGUGGCUGUGCAGAUGCUGGCCCAACACAAAUUGUACAUUGGC